GGACGUGCUCAGAGGGGAGUCCGCUCUCCAAGCAUGGACACUCAGCUGCGGCGCACCCUGCGCCUUUUUGGAAUGAACACUUUUAUCAACGCCUUUCUUUAGCUUUCUUUAGUUUUGAAUUCAUCCAAGGAGGAUGCGGACGAUCAGCGAGUGGACAAGAAAAAUGACAUUGGAUGUUUGUUUCUUUUUUGUUUCCCAUUUGACUUUUUAGCAGAGAUCAAGUAGACGCCAGCAUGGAUUUCUUGAAUAUCUCCGCUUUCGUGGAGGCAACGGAGGCUCAGAACAUCUCCACUAACAGCACCUCUCAGAACAAGUACAGCACUCUCGCCAUCUGGGGUCUGGCCGGACUUGUCAGUUUUCUCAUUUUGUUUACAAUCGUCGGCAAUGUGUUGGUGGUGAUUGCCGUUUUAACCAGCAGAGCUCUGAAACCGCCCCAGAAUCUUUUUCUGGUGUCUCUGGCCAGUGCAGACAUACUGGUGGCCACCCUGGUCAUACCCUUCUCUCUGGCUAACGAACUCAUGGGCUAUUGGCUUUUUGGAAAAAUCUGGUGCGACAUCUACCUGGCACUGGAUGUUUUGUUCUGCACAUCCUCGAUUGUGCACCUCUGUGCUAUUAGUCUGGACCGCUACUGGUCAGUGACACAGGCGGUAGAGUACAACUUGAAGAGAACACCAAAGAGAGUAAAAGGGAUGAUCGUGGUGGUCUGGUUGAUCUCAGCUGUUAUCUCUUUCCCGCCACUGAUAUCAAUGGACAGGAGCAACAACGAGGCCAACCCCCAGUGUAUUCUCAAUGAUGAGACCUGGUACAUCCUUUACUCAAGUAUCGGCUCUUUCUUCGCACCCUGUGUCAUCAUGAUUCUGGUCUAUAUCCGGAUCUACCAAGUGGCAAAGACCAGAACGAGAACCAUGUCAGAGAAGAAACGUGACGUGGAUAUGACGCAGGAAAACGGUACGGACCGAACCGACCAAGGGAAAACCGAUUCGUUUAAGUCGAACCGCGGCGGGAGUGUUAAAGAGCAGGAAUGCGAGAAUGGCCACUGCAAGGAGCACACCUUGAAAACCACAUCCAAAAAUCCACACUCUGACCACCAGGACGACUUUGAUGACAGCAGCUCGUCAGACGAGAAGCCCAAAAAAAGUUCCUCAUCGUCCAAAAACCGCCACGACGACCGGAAGGACAGAAAGUCCAGCCGAAAAAGCAGCUCGGCCUCAAAAUUAUCCAGUCGAAAGUCAUGCGCCAGUUCCAAGUCCAUGGAGCUAUUUUCCUCUCGCCGCAAACGCAGAAGCACGGUCAACCGGAAGAAAGUGUCGGCCGCGCGAGAAAAGCGCUUUACGUUCGUCCUGGCUGUUGUCAUGGGGGUUUUUGUCGUGUGCUGGUUCCCCUUUUUCUUCUCCUACAGUCUCUACGGAAUCUGCAGGGACCUCUGCAAGGUCCCGGACACUCUGUUCAAUUUCUUCUUCUGGAUCGGCUACUGUAACAGCUCCUUAAACCCGGUCAUCUACACUAUCUUCAACCAGGACUUCCGCAGAGCUUUCCAGAAGAUCCUCUGUAAGUCGUGGAAACGCUCUUUCUGAUUGUCUUUCAUAGCCACUUCAUCCUGCAGAUUUCCUGUUUGAGCACUUCUGAGCUGCAGGGAAAAGUGCUGGCCGGGGAGCGUUCACACCUUUGGCUGUGGGGGAUUGCACUCAGAAUGAAGGGAUGCUAUAAGGGCCUGAACGAAAAGUGCAGGAAAGGGGUUUGGAAUGCUGUUUUGAUUCCGUGAAUGUCAGACAACUUUUUACAUGCAAAUGUUUGCUCCAGCUAAAACCCGCCCGGCAAUGAUUGACCCCUUUCUUUCGCCGAAGGACAAUAAGCCGGCUUAUAACAGUCACUGUGACGCAGGCACCAGGACAAAAUGCUCAGGAGAUGAAGGGUAUAUUGAACUUAACGACAAUCUCCACACAGCUGUUAUAGGACAACGGAUAGAGCAUCUGUAUUCCGGGACUCAGACUCUACUUUUGUUUCCAAUGGGACAAAGGGGCUCCUUGCUUACUGGUUCAGUGGCAAAAGGGAAAGAAACCAACACUACUGAAUAAGUCAUAUUUCUGCCUGAGUGGGAUUUUUCUGGCUGCGUAUACCUUUUAAAUGGCAAGCUUACAAGUGCGGACUGUCUGGCAACAUAAAAAAAAGCAAUCGUCAUACUGGACAUCUGUUGGGAUGGAACGCCGCAUCCCUGCUGCGGCAGACGGACACUUUGAAUCUCCCACCGUGUGUGGGAAAAGGUUUGCGUGGACGAGAAAGAGGUGACUGAAAGUAACAUGUGGACCUGCGUUGUUGAAGUGCGUUAAUCUUCACUGCCACCAAGUGUGUGUGAUGUGUAGUGUAAUUCUGUAUUUGCCAACGGGACUGAUUCACUCUGCUCAAGUGUCUUUCUUAUCCUCCAUUUGCCAUCAGACAAAUGUUGUCUUUUCCGCCACCAAAGUCAACCACAUUGACAACCUCUUAGAUCUCCAUUCUCACUUUUAUCGCCUGCUGCUCCGGGCAGACACGCCAAUGCACAUUACACACUCUUAGACUUUACACCAGGGGUGUCAAACCUACGGCCCGAGAACAGGUUUUAUCCGGCCGGCGGGAUGCGUUCACUAAGUAUAAAAAUAAACCAGAAUUGUUUUAAUUGAAAGACACUGCUGUUCUAAAUGUGUCCACUGGAUGUCGCAAUAGCGAUUAUUUGUAUCUUUGUAGAUUAUGCUACAUAUGUGCACAAUAAACCACAUGUCAGUACAUCACUCAAGGACAAUGAUCAAACUACAUACCAUAUUUUUCGGACUAUGAGUCACAGUUUUUUUCAUAGUUUGGCCGAGGGUGAGUCUUAUACUCAGGAGCGAAUUAUGUGUGAAAUUAUUAACACAUUACUGUGAAAUAUCAAAUAAUAUUACUUAGCUCAUUCACGUAAGAGUCUAGACCUAUAAGAUUUCAUUCUUUAUUUAUUUUGAAUUGCCUUUCAAAUGUCUAUUCUUGGUGUUGGGUUUUAUCAAAUAAAUUUCCCCCAAAAAUGCGACUUAUACUCCAGUGAGACUUAUAUAUGUUAUUUUUUUUCCUUCUUUAUCAUGCAUUUUGGACAGGUGCGACUUAUACUCCGGAGCGACUUAUACUCCGAAAAAUGUGUUUUUUAAAAAAAAAAUUAUUGAUACAUUGAAAAUUAACACAAAUGAUUGAAGACUAAAGAACAUGAUCACAUAAUUUAUUCAGAAAAUAAAAAUAGCGACAAAUAAAUUAUUAACCGCAACAUGUAAGUGUAAAAAAAAACCCUCAACAUUAUGAUUUGUACAUUUUCACAAUGAAGAAGGGUUAGUGCGUCUGCCUCACAAUACGGAGGUCCUGGGUUCGAUCCUGCGCUUGGGAUCUUUCCAUGUGGAGUUUGCAUGUUACCCCGGCUUCCUCCCACCUCCAAAGACAUGCACCUGGGGAUAGGUUGAUUGGCAACACUAAAUUGGCCCUAGUGUGUGAAUGUUGUCUGUCUAUCUGUGUUGGCCCUGCGAUGAGGUGGCGACUUGUCCAUGGUGUACACCGCCUUCCGCUCGAAUGCAGCUGAGAAAGGCGCCAGCACCCACCGCGACCUUGAAUGGCACAAGCGGUAGAAAAAGGAUAGAUGGAUGGCAUUUUCACUAUGUGCUUGUUCAAUUUUUGAACAAAGAAAACAAUCUGACUUUAUCUUUAUUUUUAAAUUAUCGUGCCGUGAUUUUACCAGUCGGGCACAUUUGGGAGUAGAUUUUUUUCCACGUGACCCCCGAUCUGAAAUGAGUUUGACACCCCUGCUUUACACGUUUACAGGAUUUCCAUCUUUACAUUUAUAGCCCUAGGUUAAUUGUUUCUCUUUUCUUGUAAAUAUGUGGGAACGGUGCAAUAUUAUAGUGCGGUGCCUCAUUAACACGCACAUGCACUGAUUGCGUAAUGAACAAUGCGCUCGUGGAUUUUGAUGGCGCACCGACAUUCUGUUUCUUUCUAACGUUUCGGUCGGAAAAGGAGAACAAAGUGUUUACUCCUCUGCACACUCAAAAACGAUCAAAUAAAUUUGGUUUCAACUGUGCUUUGCAUGAAUGCAUUCUUCAUUCAUGUAAACCGUGUUUUUGUUUCUUUGAGCAAUUUGAGGUUCUCUGCUCAAUGCUUUGAGUAAUGAUGUAUCUAAAAUGGACGCUCCAAAGUCAAACGCUCUUAAAGGACAGUUUGGUGUUCCACCAUUUGAGAAAAAAAAAACACUUGAAAAUAAUCUUGUGAUGCUUCAGCUUAGUAAGAAUAUUGACAUUAACUCCACAAUUUGCUUGUUUGUGUUUUCUGCCAUGCCAUCAGAAAAAGGUACCAAUUAUGUCAAAGAGAAAAAGUGUGAUAAUAACCAUAGAACAUGAGACUGUGUGGCUACUUGAGAUACGCAACACUAUACAUGUUUAUUUAUUUUCUUAACAAGUCAAAGGUAACUAGUAGUUUAAAGCAUAAUGGAAAAUGACUUGCUAUAUAAUGACCUUCGAAGUUAGUCAGCAGUCAACAUUUUUACAAAGGAUUUGACUCUUACAAAAACUCAUUUUUCAACUUAACUGAGGUGCCAAUUUGAUUCAGAAUUAAUUCCGACUUCAAACCCAUUUUCCAUUCAAACCAACAAUCACUAGUUUUGGUAGCAAAAAGGUGACAAUUCCAGAAAUAGCUACAAGGGAUGUCCCGUUACAACUUUUUCACAUAAAAUACGGUACCGAUGUUUAUUGUAUCGUGCAUUGGCCGAUAGCGGUAUUAAUUAGAUGCAAUAUCAGCACAAAUCAUAGUACAUGAUUUGUACUAUCAUGAAUUGAUUAACGUGGACCCCGACUUAAACAAGUUGAAAAAUGUGGGUGUUACCAUUUAGUGGUCAAUUGUAGGGAAUAUGUACUGUACUGUGCAAUCUACUAAUAAAAGUCUCAAUCAAUCAAUCAAUACAUACUUUCAAUAUUUCAUAGUGUUGAAUGUUAGAAAACCCUAUGACAGUCGUGGUUUUGAGGUGGAGUAGUAAUAGUUUUUUUGUUUUUUUAAUUGAAUAAUGCGGACACAUUUUUUUCCUGGAUACUUUCUAAUAUGAUUUUUAUGCAACUAUAAUUAUUUAAUACUUGUUAAUAUUGACAAAUGCUGUGUUUUAGACUGCAGUUUUGUUCAAUUAAAGAUACUUAUUAGAUAUGUCUACCUUGUGUGCUAUUGUGUGCUUAGCUGUUGGGUGCAGUAGCUGCUAGUUGCCAGUAGCCUAUACCCUGCCAUGUUUACGUUUUGUAAAUGUUUUCACUAAAACACGAGAAUAGAUGAAACUUUUUGGCCAAUUGGAGGACAUUGAAAUGUUAACUGGCUGUCAAAUUUUGAACAAGUAAAGACGCUGCAGGAACGCUUGUAUCGGAGCUUAUAUUAUAUUAAAGAUGAUAUCAACCAAUACUUUUUUUUUAACUUAAUUCAGACUGAUAUUUAAUAUUGAAGUGUAUUUCUGGUUUUGUCAUCCUCGUCCGGACAGAAGGAUCACAUGGUAGUGUGGCUCGAUCAAAAGAGACAAAUUAAGGAUUCCUGACCUGGAGAAGCCAAACCAUCAGUUAUAUAUUCCUUCUUUCUCUAUCUUGGUGUGUGCUAAGUCAGGACAGCACAACUUGACCACGUAAAGAGAUUUUAGUGUGUAAGUGUCUGGAAAGCAACUGCUUUGAGUCAUAACGCAAACGUUGGCAUUGAUCUAGACAGGUAGUCUUUCCUCAAGGAUAUGGUUAGCAUUUUGGCAUUCCGAAGUCCCACUUAGAGCCUCUUUUCGUACGAGAAGUGAUCUAAUCCACCUGCGAAUAUCAAACUAAGGGUUAUUAUCUAUUUAUGCGCUCCAACUGAAAUAUCACUAUUUAAUUAAACUUGGUGGUUUGCUUUCUCCUAGGUGAAUAUAAACAUUCACCAUAUGCAAAACAUUAUAUGAGUUAAUCAAUUCACUUCAAUAUCAAUAUGUGAUCAGGACACCUCUAAUAACUACAUUGUUCUUUAAGUUAGACAGCAUAAAGUUCAUUUAAAGAGUUCUUAGUAAUUGUCAUAUUAUUUAAAUUAAAUCUGGUUGGGUUGAAAAAAUAAAAAAGGUUCAACUAAGCGUUUCUAAAAUUGUAAAUACACAGAGGAAAACUUUUUGAUAAAGGAUUAUAAUUUACUUUUUCUUAACUUCCAAAUUAUACAAUUAAAUGAAACAUGUGAUGGAUUCAGUUAUCUGUUUAGUCUAUUCAGAGUUGACUGGAAGUUUAGUGAAAUGUGACCAUGACUUUGUAUCACUUGGCUUUUAGCUCCAAGUGAUGUGGGCUGGAACAUUUGAAGUGUCCAAAAAGUACUGGAUUAAUGGCUCUUUCAGGAGAGCCGGAUCUUGAGGAACCGUUCCUGUCAAAGAGCUAUUUAAAAGACCACCACGUUGAAUUACAUUGCUCAAAUAUCAAGGUUAUGAUCACUGGUAGCAGUUAAAAGAUAUGAUUCAAAUUAGAAAAUGUUUAACUUAAAAAUUCCACCAAUACUUACUCUGGAAAUGCAAAGUUUUUGGAAAUAUUAUCAUAGUUUAAUUUAGUUUAUGUUUGUAUUGUAUACAUUCUAGAAAGGUGUUCAUAUCCCCUUGCUUCGACUACUAGAUAACCAUUGUGCAUUGUACAGUUUUUCCCAUUUUCGAAAAAACAAAAAAAAAACUUUGUGGCACAACUGAAACCUUGCUUGCUGCAGACAAAAGUCCAUGCAGACUAAAUGUGUUCCUUAACAAUUCAACAAUACAGAAAAAAAAUAGUGAAAAAAUAAGAAUCAUUAUACUGUAUAUAUUUUUCAACAUGUCCUCCUAAUCCACAUGUGCAAAUAAUAUUGUUGAUAAAUGCCUGUGUCGGCUCUAUUUUAUUUAAAUACAAAAGAGAAGAUUGGGAUGGAUACAAUAUAUAUACAAAUAUAAUUAGAAUAAACUAAAAUACUCAUUUGUGCAUAAUACUACCUUUUUUUCCCAGGCGUCUUCUCUUCCUUUUUGGUACAGCAAAAAAGGUGGUGACAAUCGUGCUGAGGGUAAAUUUCAUAUAAGGCUGUCUCGCAAAGGAAUGACUCCCCAAAGCCGUUUCUAAAGACUUGACUUUGUUUUUAAACGUCCCAUCCCUACUUACUUGGUUUUAAUUUUGCACACUAAACGUGUCACAUAUCAAGCUCUUUCCUACCCAGGAAAUUGUCGAAACUGAAGUACGAACAAAAAUUAGCUCUCAACGAAGGCGUGGCUGAUUAACAUUUAAAAAUAAAUUUCUAAAUUAAAGUUCGCAGCAACUUAUAUUUGUGCUCAAACACUAUCAGUGCAGGAAAGGAAAAUAACAAUUUGCAGUCUUGUUGUUGCUACGAUACAUUCAAUCACAGUUAACAGUAGUUCCAAAGGGUGCUGAAAACCAUCCAUCCAUCUUCUUCCACUUAUACGGGGGCAGCAGCCUAAGCAGGGAAGCCUAGACUUCCCUCUCCCCAGCCACUUGGUCUA